AUGAGUGCCGAAGGAUAUCAAUACAGAGCUUUAUAUGACUACAAAAAAGAGCGAGAAGAAGACAUUGACUUGCACUUAGGAGAUGUAUUAACUGUGAAUAAAGGUACCUUACUAGCACUUGGAUUCAGUGAAGGGGAAGAAGCAAAGCCUGAAGAAAUUGGUUGGUUAAAUGGCUUUAAUGAAACCACAGGGGAGAGGGGGGAUUUCCCAGGAACUUAUGUAGAGUACAUUGGAAGAAAAAAAAUAUCUCCCCCAACUCCGAAGCCUCGUCCUCCUCGACCCCUUCCUGUAGCACCAAGUCCUGCAAAAGUUGAAACAGAGAGUGAGCAACAAGCUUUUUCACUUCCAGAUCUUACGGAACAGUUUGCACCUCCUGAUGUUGCUCCACCGAUUCUUAUCAAGAUGGUGGAGACAAUUGAAAAGAAAGGUCUGGAGUGUUCAACUUUGUAUGGAACACAAGGCUCAAGCAGCUCAGCAGAAUUAAGACAAAUUCUUGAAAGUGGUAAUAUGCUGCUCUUUCCAAAAAAAUCGUUGGAUUUAGAGACAUUUGAUGUGCACACUUUAUCAGAUGCUCUCAAGAGGUAUCUCAUGGACCUGCCAAAUCCCAUCAUUCCAGCAGCUGUUUACAGUGACAUGAUUUCUGUAGCUCAAGAAGUGCAGAGCUCAGAGGAAUAUGCUCAGUUGCUGAAGAAACUCAUCAGAUCUCCAAAUAUACCUCCCCAGUAUUGGCUCACACUCCAGUAUUUGCUCAAACAUUUCCUCAGAGUUUGUCAAGCCUCCAGCAAAAAUCUCCUGAAUGCAAGGUCUCUGGCUGAAAUUUUCAGCCCUCUGCUUUUCAAAUUCCAGAUAGCAAGUUCUGAUAAUACUGAACACCACAUAAAAAUCCUAGAGGUUUUAAUCACAAGUGAAUGGAAUGAGAGACAGCCUGUACCAG